GAAACCGCGCCCGCCCGCUGCGGGAGGGGAGUCGCCCGUUAAUAGAGCUGGGGACUGCAGUGGGGGCGCUACAGCCGGGGGAGCCCAGCCCGGCAGCCGGCGGAGAUGGCGGCGGGAGCAGCUGCGGGGCCGCAGCGGGAGCUGGAUAACGGUUCCUUGGAGAUAACGCAGAGCACAGAAGAUGAUCCUCUACUCGAUGCACCACUUCUUCCACCUCAUGCGUUACAUUCCCAAUUGAGACCGAGAUUCCAUGCUAUUCCUACAGUCUUGGUUGCCAAUUUUCUGUUGCUUAUACAUGUUGCUUUUGUUGUCUUAGUAUUUUUAGCAGGUAUAUAUUGUUCUUAUGUAAACCCAAAUGAGGAUGAAUGCCCUGGAAACUACACCAACCCACUUAAGGUGCAAAGUGUCAUAAUCAUUGCGAAGGUAAUUCUGUGGAUUCUGCAUGUUGUCUUUGAACGAUAUGUUCAGCAUCAUCACGGUAAAGUCAGAUGCAGAGGAUACCUCCUGAUCUACCGAUCAACAAGACAUCUUAAAAGGCUGCCACUCCUUAUACAUUCUAUAGGAAAUGCAGCCCUGCUUCUGAUACUGUCAGCUCAGCAUUCCUUUCCUAACUACAGUAAAAAGUAUCUCUACCUUAUCCUUGGAGUCUUGUGUCUGGAGCUGAUUUGUUCUUUGACGUGCAUAGUCGUUUACACAGUGAAAAUAAGCAAUUUCAACAAGGCAAGGCCAAGGCCUGAUAUAAUUGAAGAAGAAAAGAUGUAUGCUUACCCCAGUCGCAUUACCUCGGAGAUUGGAUUCAGGGAAAGCUCAAGUUUGGAAGAAAUAGUUGAAAAGCAAGGAGAUGUGAUAGACUAUCUCCAACGACACAAUGCGCUGCUCAGCAAGAGACUACUAGCACUAACAUCACAGCAAAUCAGAGGUUAGAAAUAUCCAGGAAGCUGCUGCUGCAUUUUAAGAGGAAUCCAAAGCAAUAUAAUUUGAUUUGGAGGACAGACAACUCCACUUGAUUACUGUCUCUAAUGGAAGUAGUAUAGCUCUCAAGUUGGAAGUAUGAAUUCUAUUAGAAGUGUAAAAUCUGCAGCUGGAGAUAUUGUCUAUUUUGAACAAACUCUUUCUUUGAGGAUGUUAACUUUUGCUGGGCUGAAGUUGGACCUGAGCUCCCUGACUAAACUUUGUUUUAAUGUUGUUCAAUUGAGAUUUUUUGCACUGUUGUAACAAACUCCAAACUACCAAAGUCGUCUGUGCUUCUAGAACUCAAAUAUUUGUUUUCCAGAAUGAAACAUUGCUGGGUAUGGCCCCUUCUGACUUUCUGGGUUUCUUAUGGUAGAGGUUGAGAUGAAAUCAAAUAUUGUAACAUGCUAUAACAACUGUGCUCAUUGUCUACCAUGUUGAGUUUUUAAAGGCUAUUUAUUUCAAUAUUCCUUAAACACACUUCUACAGUUGGAGUGGAAGAGUCUAUAGGGCAAAUUGAAGAGACUCAGUUUCUGGAUCAGUGUCUUUUGCUGUUGUGUGUUAAAAAGGGUAACUACACAAAUGGGGAGAUCAAGCAAAGAUGAAGAAUCAGGUGUUUGGUCUAAAACACAUCCAAGUCUCUCCUUUGUGUGCAGGAAACGUAGGAUUUCAUGUCACUAAGCAUAGCAUGUAAAAACUAGGCUCGCAGACAUUUGAUCAAAUUGAUGGCUGAUCAAGCAUCUAAACAGAAUUUCAGUGUAAAAUGUCUAAAUCUGAUUUUUAGAGCUGUCCUAAAUAUUUGGCUUUUUUGCUGAACUUUUUCCCAAGAACUAUAAAUAGGAACUAUUCUGCAUUAAAUAUUUAUAUUUGGAGAGAGCAUUUUUGUAAACUACUCUCUAAACUUGUUGUUGACUCUUUAGUUCAAUACAAUCUCAGUAUAAUGCUGGGAGUGGUGGUCAUCUCAGAACACCAAAGGAAAAUUACCCCAUCCUGUCUUGGUUCUGGGACACAACUUGGUGUCCAAUUCUAUUGUAAUCACUCAGAGUAAUUAAUAACAUACGAUACUUGUAGUUGAGGGACAACAGGAAAAUUGGAGACUUGCUGCUAUCUGACAUUAUUAUUCUUUUCUCCCUAGCUGUAUUUUUCAAAAUACAGCCGAUUUUAUACUGAAUAUUUGAGGGAUAUAUGAAUCUUUGGUUUUAGAACACUCAGGUUUUGAUGUAACUGCGUAUAACCGUUUGUACAUAUAUCUGUCUGAAAAGCUGAGAAUGUGACUGAAGUUCAUGCACAAUAAAUGCAAUU